AUGGAAAAGACACAGCGAUCUCCGUCUUCGGCCGCAGAUGAAAAGACUACGAAUACCACUGACCCCAACCCAUGGGACAUAAUCGCCAAAUACCCUACCAACUGCAACGCCCAUGAAUCCUCCUGGUGGAAGGACGUUGGUCCCCUCCUGGGCCGUCUCCUCCAGUUAGCGGACUACUCCGUCCACCAGCAGUACGAGUACCUACUCUUUGCACGGAACCACAUUGUGCCGUCCCUGGGUCCUUAUCCGCAGCGCUGGCCCAGCGUAAUGACCUACACGGACCUACCGAUUGAAAUGAGCAUCAAUUUCCAAGAUGGCAAGAAGUCGAAUGUCCGGGUGUCGUUCGAGCCGAUUUGCGAACUCUCCGGAACACCCCGUGACCGCUUCAACCAGGUUGCGGCGGAGCAGCUAGUCGCUGGGCUUUCAGCCUUGGGCCCGGGGCUGGAUCGGGUGUUGUACCAUCAUUUCGCGAGGGACUUCGGGAUCUCGGAAAGUGAGACGAGGAAGCUGAAUGCGGAGGCGUUCGUGCGGCAUUCCGUGCAGUCGGUGUACAACUUUGGGUGUGAUUUCCAACAUACCGGGCCUGUCUUUAAGGCGUAUGUGUAUACGGGGCUUAAGAGAAGGAUUUCCGGGAACCCGAUGCGGCGGGUCCUAGGCGAGUCGUUGGGUCGGUUGGAUGCGAUGACGGGACGGGGGGAUGGGGAGGCGGGGCGGAUGGUCGUCGACUACAUGGAGGAAGGUGGGGGGUUCAAUGAGUACAUGUACCUGGCUUGGGAUUUUGUGGAUGCGGCCCAUGCGCGGGUUAAGGUUUAUGGGGUGCAGACGGAUCUGAGUCUCCGGAAGGUCGAGGAGGUGUGGACGAUGGGUGGGCGUUUGAAGGAUCCAGUCACAUUGUGUGGCUUGGGGCUUGUCCGAAGGCUUUGGGGAAUGCUGGAGGGGGACGGACUAGGUGAUGGGAGUAUAUUCAUGUGGAACUAUGAGAUCCGGCCGGGGUGUGGCACACCCAUCCAAAAGGUGUAUCUGCCCCUGCUCGGGAAGAACGACCUGUUCGUGGCCAAGGCGCUGGCCAAGUUCUUUCACUCGUUGGGGUGGACCGACAAGGCUCGAGCAUAUGUGGACAACGUGCGGUAUCUAUUUCAGUCGGCACGACUCCACGUGUGGGUAUCGUUAGCCUAUUCCGAAAAGAGUGGCGCAUAUAUGAGCGUGUAUUACCACUCCAGUCUGGCCUAAAAGCAGUGUUGAGGUGUCUCUGGCACCCAAUUGGUAUCCGCGAACAAUGAGCAAAUGACAAAAGCGUAUGCGUAAGCCUCCCCAGCAUAUUACAACCCAGUAUAGCCCGACAGUGCAGCCGAUGAGUCAAGCGAGGAGGGUAAGCUCAGGACGUAGUUCCGAAACUGGUAUCAUGGCUACUAACGACCACGAUCAUGACCAUCACGGCCGCGAUCCAGACGCAAGGCACCACACCACCCGACCACCCCGGAGAUUGAAGGCUCCCCGCGGCUGACUGGACCCAUUACCCCAAUCUGAAGGCCAGGCUAGCUUCAGGUGGGAUUUACCCCGCGAUGGAGGGAGCAGCGCUCGCUUGCUUGCUCGCAGGGUCGGGAAUUCGAGUCACAGUUGUGCGGCC